AUGUCUUCACCCGCAAACACUGAAGCCUCACAAGAUCUAAAUCGAUCGCUCAUCGAUUUUGACGAAACUCAAGUUCGCACGCCAUGUGCGAGCAACUCCAACCAAGUGAACAAUGAUUUAAAAACGGAACAAAUUUACAACGUGGGCAGGCAUACAAUAACCCCGUUCAUGGAAGAUGCUCCUGAUCUAUGGUUCCUGUUGAUUGAGACAGAGUUUCUUGGAGAUAAGAUCAAAUCCGACCAUGCGAAGUACACGGCGGUAUUGCGUGCUCUGGACAGGUCUACUUUACACCUGGUAAGCGAUGUGUUGCGAAAUCCGCCAACCGAAAAUAAAUACAACACGUUGAAGAGCAUAAUCCUAGACCGAGUAUCCGAGUCGAGGUCAAAGCAGGUAGACAAAUUGUUAACAAACGUUGUCCUAGGUGACAAAAAGCCAUCCCAGCUACUACGGGAAAUGAUUGACCUGGCUCGGAGUGAAAUCUCGGAGGAUAUCAUCCAUAAACUUUGGUUGGACAGACUCCCACAACACAUCCGGCCUCUACUGCUUGUAUCGAAAAACAUUGGGCUACAAGCCAUUGGCGAGAUGGCAGACAGGCUUGUAGAUACUUGUGGACUGCCAUCAUCGGUGAUGGCCACAGCGAGCAGAGCACCUGAACCAAGAAGUGACCGCACCCAAGAAAUUCUGCUUGCCAUGAUGCAGAAACUAAAUGCCUUGACGACAGAAGUGGAGAAUUUAAAACAUAGCAGAGAACAUGACGAGAGAAGCAGGACCAGAAGUCACUCCAGGCACAGGAGAGGGAGAUCAAAGACGCCGUCCAAAUCACAGCUAUGCUUUUACCAUAGCAGGUUUGGAGAGAAGGCUACCAAAUGCAUAGAACCCUGUUUGGUUAAGACUCUCCUGAAGCCGGAAAACUAA